GCAACUGAGGAAAGGUGCAGUCGACUGAAGUCAUAACUUCAUGACCUUUGAUCACAUGGUUUUUGUAAAGUUCAUGCAGUCGUCAUCUGUAGUCUGAAAUCGGAAAUUUUUUAUUCCCACAAUGCAACACAAUUCGCAAGGCGUUGACCUGACAAACGUGAUCUGCUCGACGCGCCCUGUGUUUCUCCGGCUGUUUCCACUGACUGACGAGGCUACACAUUUGUGCUUAGGGACCCGACAGCCAAGGCUACGCAUCUUCCAGGGGUCAGAAAUGGAGACUUUUAAUUAUAAACUAAACAUGUACAUAGACUCAUGGAUGGGUCCCAGAGAUGAGCGGGUACAGGGAUGGCUGCUUCUGGACAACUACCCUCCAACCUUUGCACUAACAGUAAUGUACCUGCUGAUCGUAUGGAUGGGGCCCAAGUACAUGAGACACAGACAGCCGGUGUCUUGCCGGGGUCUCCUGUUGGUCUACAAUCUGGGCCUCACGAUCUUGUCCUUCUAUAUGUUCUAUGAGAUUGUGUCUGCUGUGUGGCACGGGGAUUAUAACUUCUAUUGCCAAGACACACACAGUGCAGGAGAAACCGAUACCAAGAUCAUAAAUGUGCUGUGGUGGUACUACUUCUCCAAGCUCAUAGAGUUUAUGGAUACCUUCUUCUUCAUUCUACGGAAGAACAACCAUCAGAUCACGUUUCUGCACAUCUACCACCAUGCUAGCAUGCCCAACAUCUGGUGGUUCGUCAUGAACUGGGUGCCCUGUGGUCACUCCUACUUUGGUGCCUCCCUGAACAGCUUCAUCCAUGUCCUGAUGUACUCUUACUAUGGGCUCUCUGCUGUCCCAGCCUUGCGGCCCUAUCUAUGGUGGAAGAAAUACAUCACACAAGGACAGCUGAUUCAGUUCUUUUUGACCAUGUCCCAGACGACAUGUGCAGUCAUUUGGCCAUGUGGUUUCCCCAGAGGGUGGCUGUAUUUCCAGAUAUUCUAUGUCGUCACACUUAUUGUCCUUUUCGCAAACUUCUACAUUCAGACUUACAAGAAACACCUUGUUUCACAAAAGAAGGAGUAUCAUCAGAAUGGCUCUGUUGCUUCAUUGAAUGGCCAUGUGAAUGGGGUGACACCCACGGAAACCAUUACACACAGGAAAGUGAGGGGGGACUGAAUCUUGAAUACUGUUACAAUCCUAACUGUAGGACAUAUCUACUGUAUGUAAUGUUGCUAGGAGAGAUGGGAUAAUACAUUUAUUCAUGAGGAUAACUAAUGAAGAAAUGUAUUAGAAGAGUCUAAGCUAGUUAAUUCACAAAAGACAAGACAUGUUUAUCUGAAAGAGAUUCCUAACAUUUUGCUCACCGCAACCUGUUAUUAUUCAUAUUGAAUCAAAGUUCAUUAGAGUUUCUAAACAAGCAUAGCAUAGGGAGUACACCACAGCACAGUAACCCCAGAGACCCACUUCCUUUUAAUGCUGCACAAGAUGUUCAACUUUGUCUGUCUUCAGUGUGGUGGGGACAAAGCUUUAAUCAACCUUGACCCAUACAGAAAUAAUAACUUAUUUUCUAUGUUUUAAUUCACAACUUAUGCACUUGUCUACAUGCUUGUCCAUGAGGGAAAAAUAUAUAUUUUGGGGAUUCUGUUUUGUAAAAGGUACUAUAUCUGUUUUUUUUUUCUCUCAAUAUAUUUUAUUUGACCACAAGGUCAUACAAUCAUUUAUAAGUAUGCAAAAGAGUUGCUUCAAAAAAAUGCAUUAAAAUACAUAAGCUGUACAAUAUCAACAUAAAUAAUUAGAUACUGAUUUGUGUUCCAAAAUGGCUUUGCAUACAAGAAAGGAAAGAGAAAAAAACAAACAGGAUUGUCACUUAUGGCUGAGCAUUAUUACCGAACAUACCAGUAAUAGAUAGUGAUCUUUUUCUUUUUUACACCAUGUCUCCGUAUCAUUCCCACCCUCCCUUCCCAAUGUUCCUCAAGGAUUUUCUUUUCUUUGUAUCCUCUUAUUGAGGUUCCCGUUAUGAGUAUAUACACACUAGUACAAAUCUAAACUCAGGUACAUAAUCAAUCUGACACCGGUUUCGGUUUCAACAAAAGAAAAAUUUGCCAUGUCUUAUAAAAUAAAGUUGUGGAUCCACUUUGUGUACAUUUCAUUUUCUCCAAAGGGAGAAUUUGCAACAUGCUAUUAACCCACUGAUUGUAAAAUGGUGUGUUUGGCUUUUUCCUGGGGGUCAAAAGCAGGUUUCUGGCAAUCAGACAGGCAUAAACCAAGGCAUUUGCUUCCACUUUUGCUAUUCCAGAACUACCAACGGUUGUCCCAGAUAGAUAUUAGUGGGUCAGGACUUAUAGAUACUUGUGUUAUAUUGGACAUUGCAUUAGACAUAGCAUCCCAAUAGCCUUUUAGUUUUGGACACUCACGCAACCAGAACAUAUUUUCAUGAGUUGCAGAGGUAUGUUGGCAUUGUUCACAUUUGUGGUCAACUUGGGAGUAGAACUUAGACAGCUUGGCAUUUGUGUAGUAACUUGUGUGUAACAACAUGAGUGGUACAUAUAGAAGAGCUUUUAAAAAAAUAUUUGUUUUUUCCAAACUGUUAAUUUGGGGUAUCAUAGAGGCCUUGUAUCUAGGUGUCUUUCCUCAUGCUGAACAAAUUUGCCUCAAGGACCCAUAAGGUCUGUCAGGAUAGAUUUUCCAAAAGCGGUAUGUAGGCCCAUGGUACAUGUCUGAACUUAGUUUGAGAAAAGCUAAGGGAUUGGUUAAGAGAGGAAAUCUAAUUUUACUUGUCCAUUUUAAAUCCUUUGUAAACCCUCUUCACAAUGGACUAUCAACUUGAAACUGUUUAGGGUCAUCAAAGAUGUUACCAUGAUGAAGCAUGUUAAGUUUGGCGUUGAAAUCCUAAAAAAUAAGGAAACGAUUAACAAUUAACUUUUUGGACUAUGCAACGCUAAUGCUUAAAAUAAUCAUAAAGAAAUCUCAUGAACUAAAAGUCAUAUUCACUCCAAAUGUGGUUUUUGGACUCAUCACAAUAGUCCCUAAAGAGUUGGAGAAAAUAGUGUUGAUGCAUUCCAAGAUGGCCACACUAUAACAGUAGAUGCAUAUUAGCACAUAUGCUAAGAAAUACUUCAGAAAUCUUAUUCUCAUGAACCAUAUGACCACAUUUGGAAUGUAGGCUCAUGGUGCAUGUCUUAACUUAGCUUGAGAAAAGCUAUGGGAUUAGGGAUUAGUCAAAAGAUGGCUGAGUUAUUGACAAAUCAGAUUUUACUUGUCCAUUUAAACCUUUACACUUGUGGGAAUCAGCCUAUAUGGAUAGGACUAGAUUGAAAUGUUUCUUACAGAGGAAAUAUGAAAAGUAUAUGCAUAACCAUGGUAGAACUUGAAAGGGUACAGUUUUGAGAUUGUGGGAAAAUUAUUUGACCAAAAAGUGACAUCACAACAGUUCACCUGACACAAAUAUGAAUCCAGACAUUACACUGUCGACUUUGGGCAUUUUACAUUUACUGUACUUUUUGCCUCAUUUGUUGAUAACGAAAUCUGAAAAAACUCUGGAUACGUUCAGGAACAUGAUAAGAAUACUACUGGAAAAUGUGGAGUAGGUGCAACAUAAGACAAAACAUUUUUACAAGGGUUUGAGUGAGAGAACUAACUGGUAUCUCCAGGUGGCCACACACCUGUCCAAAAUGUGCACAGUUCUUAAGUAAUUUCAAUGCACUUUUGACUCAAAGAGUCAACAACUAUGUGGUGCUUUUUUGAGCUCUCCUAGCUGUGCCUUUGAGGAACUAGGCCAAGCUCACUUGUAGUUGUUUUGUUUGGAACACAGCCAUUCAACCCCACCCUCAGACAAUUACUGUUUUUGUAUACGUAAUCCAAAAACGGUCCAUUAUAAAUCACAGUCUGGGUCAGGUGUGCAUCAUUUGGAUUCUGUUCUAUUGCCAACAUGACUAGCUAAGUUAUAAAAUAUGAUAUCAGUGUUAUGCUUUCACAAAGAAAAUUCAGGGAAACAUGCAUUUUGAUGUGCAUAGAAAGGAGACGUGUGCAUUCAGGUGUGAGUACCGUGGCAAAUUUUCUUCAAAAUAGACACGGGGUAAUUCUGUUCAGAACAACCAAGGGUAUGAUGCCAUGUCAUCUUGUAACUGUACAUCAAACAUAGUGAUCAUAAACAUUGACACUGUAUAUGACAUGAGUUUUAUUAUACGGAAAUAUUUCACUUGCUUGUAUGACAUCAAAGCGGUAUUUAUUAUAAUCCUCAAUGUCUCAGUCAUCUUAAUUUACAGCAUUUUCCUCACUCAGAAUUUAUAUAUUUGCAAAAGUUGCCCAAUUAGCUGGAGGGAUGGGGGCAACUUCCAUCCCUCGUGUGAGGUGCUCAGAAUGGCUGUCCGUCAAAACCAAUACAGCGCUGUAAAGCACAGAGCUAGAGCUCUGAUGUCAUGUAAAGCAUGUUACUGUACAGCCACUGCAUUCCAAUUUAGGCAUUUAUCAGUGCCCAAAUCUGUAAAUCCACUCCACAGUGGCCUAUCAAAUUGUCAUCGCUAUAAUGGACGUCCCACACUGAAUUUGGUGUUGAUAUCUCAAAAAACAAGGAAACUUUUAACAACUCAUUCUUUACAUAUGUAAUGCUAAUGCUGAAAAUCAUCUUCUAAUGAACCAUAUGUCAGAUUCACUCCAUAUUUUAUAUUUAGACUCAUGAUUGCUCGUAAAGAUAUUGUUCCUACAUGAUAGAGUGCUUGCUUUGUUAUCCAACUAAUCUUGUCCUUUCUGUCAUCCUGUGAACCCCAUUCAUUGCUGCUCACAGUUAUAUUUUUAAUUUAAAAUCCUAAAUCCUGUUCCUAAGUUUAUCUCAAUGAUUGUAGGCAUGGAGUGCCAAAAGUUCAUAAUUUUGAAUACACAGUGAAUGGGCAAAUUUUGGCGUUGUGUUGAAUAUGUCACCCAAAAUGGUGUGAGAUGGUACCUGUGGGAUAUACAGGGGGGAGAAGUAUUUAAUACACUGCCGAUUUUGCAGGUUUUCCUACUUACAAAGCAUGUAGAGGUCUGUAAUUUUUUAUCAUAGGUACACUUCAACUGUGAGAGACGGAAUUUAAAACAAAAAUCUAGAAAGUCACGUAUGAUUUUUAAGUAAUUCUUUUGCAUUUUAUUGCAUGACAUAAGUAUUUGAUACAUCAGAAAAGCAGAACUUAAUAUUUGGUACAGAAACCUUUGUUUGCAAUUACAGAGAUCAUACGUUUCCUGUAGUUCUUGACCAGGUUUGCACACACUGCAGCAGGGAUUUUGGCCCACUCCUCCAUACAGACCUUCUCCAGGUCCUUGAGGUUUCGGGGCUGUCGCUGGGCAAUAGGGACUUUCAGCUCCCUCCAAACAUUUUCUAUUGGGUUCAGGUCUGGAGACUGGCUAGGCCACUCCAGGGCCUUGAGAUGCUUCUUACGGAGCCACUCCUAGUUGCCCUGGCUGUGUGUUUCUGGUCGUUGUCAUGCUGGAAGACCCAGCCACGACCCGUCUUCAAUGCUCUUACUGAGGGAAGGAGGUUGUUGGCCAAGAUCUCGCGAUACAUGGCCCUAUCCAUCCUCCCCUCAAUACGGUGCAGUCGUCCAGUCCCCUUUGCAGAAAAGCAUCCCCAAAGAAUGAUGUUUCCACCUCCCAUGCUUCAUGGUUGGGAUGGUUUUCUUGGGGUUGUACUCAACCUUCUUCCUCCAAACACGGCGAGUAUUUUUGUCUCAUCAGACCACAUGACCUUCUCCCAUUCCUCCUCUGGAUCAUCCAGAUGGUCAUUGGCAAACUUCAGACGGGCCUGGACAUGCGCUGGCUUGAGCAGGGGGACCUUGCGUGCGCUGCAGGAUUUUAAUCCAUGAUGGCGUAGUGUGUUACUAAUGAUUUUCUUUGAGACUGUGGUCCCAGCUCUCUUCAGGUCAUUGACCAGGUCCUGCCGUGUAGUUCUGGGCUGAUCCCUCACCUUCCUCAUGAUCAUUGAUGCCCCACGAGGUGAGAUCUUGCAUGGAGCACCAGACCGAGGGUGAUUGACCGUCAUCUUGAACUUCUUCCAUUUUCUAAUAAUUGCGCCAACAGUUGUUGCCUUCUCAACAAGCUGCUUGACUAUUGUCCUGUAGCCCAUCCCAGCUUUGUGCAGGUCUACAAUUUUAUCCCUGAUGUCCUUAAACAGCUCUCUGGUCUUGGCCAUUGUGGAGAGGUUGGAGUCUGUUUGAUUGAGUGUGUGGACAGGUGUCUUUUAUACAGGUAACGAGUUCAAACAGGUGCAGUUAAUACAGGUAAUGAGUGGAGAACAGGAGGGCUUCUUAAAGAAAAACUAACAGGUCUGUGAUAGCUGGAAUUCUUACUGGUUGGUAGGUGAUCAAAUACUUAUGUCAUGCAAUAAAAUGCAAAUUAAUUACUUAAAAAUCAUACAAUGUGAUUUUCUGGAUUUUUGUUUUAGAUUCUGUCUCUCACAGUUGAAGUGUACCUAUGAUACAAAGCAUGUAGAGGUCUGUAAUUUUUUUAAGUAGGAAAACCUGCAAAAUCGGCAGUGUAUCAAAUACUUGUUCUCCCCACUGUAUAUACACUGCUCAAAAAAAUAAAGGGAACACUUAAACAACACAAUGUAACUCCAAGUCAAUCACACUUCUGUGAAAUCAAACUGUCCACUUAGGAAGCAACACUGAUUGACAAUAAAUUUCACAUGCUGUUGUGCAAAUGGAAUAGACAAAAGGUGGAAAUUAUAGGCAAUUAGCAAGACACCCCCAAUAAAGGAGUGGUUCUGCAGUUGGUGACCACAGACCACUUCUCAGUUCCUAUGCUUCCUGGCUGAUGUUUUGGUCACUUUUGAAUGCUGGCGGUGUUUUCACUCUACUGGUAGCAUGAGACGGAGUCUACAACCCACACAAGUGGCUCAGGUAGUGCAGUUCAUCCAGGAUGGCACAUCAAUGCGAGCUGUGGCAAGAAGGUUUGCUGUGUCUGUCAGCGUAGUGUCCAGAGCAUGGAGGCGCUACCAGGAGACAGGCCAGUACAUCAGGAGACGUGGAGGAGGCCGAAAACCCAGCAGCAGGACCACUACCUCCGCCUUUGUGCAAGGAGGAGCACUGCCAGAGCCCUGCAAAAUGACAUUCCAGCAGGCCACAAAUGUGCAUGUGUCUGCUCAAACGGUCAGAAACGGACUCCAUGAGGGUGGUAUGAGGGCCCGAGGUCCACAGGUGGGGGUUGUGCUUACAGCCCAACACCGUGCAGGACGUUUGGCAUUUGCCAGAGAACACCAAGAUUGGCAAAUUCGCCACUGGCGCCCUGUGCUCUUCACAGAUGAAAGCAGGUUCACACUGAGCACAUGUGACAGAGUCUGGAGACGCCGUGGAGAACGUUCUGCUGCCUGCAACAUCCUCCAGCAUGACCGGUUUGGCGGUGGGUCAGUCAUGGUGUGGUGUGGCAUUUCUUUGGGGGGCCGCACAGCCCUCCAUGUGCUCGCCAGAGGUAGCCUGACUGCCAUUAGGUACCGAUAUGAGAUCCUCAGACCCCUUGUGAGACCAUAUGCUGGUGCGGUUGGCCCUGGGUUCCUCCUAAUGCAAGACAAUGCUAGACCUCAUGUGGCUGGAGUGUCAGCAGUUUCUGCAAGAGGAAGGCAUUGAUGCUAUGGACUGGCCCGCCCGUUCCCCAGACCUGAAUCCAAUUGAGCACAUCUGGGACAUCAUGUCUCGCUCCAUCCACCAACGCCACGUUGCACCACAGACUGUCCAGGAGUUGGCGGAUGCUUUAGUCCAGGUCUGGGAGGAGAUCCCUCAGGAGACCAUCCGCCACCUCAUCGGGAGCAUGCCCAGGCAUUGUAGGGAGGUCAUACAGGCACGUGGAGGCCACACACACUACUGAGCCUCAUUUUGACUUGUUUUAAGGUCAUUACAUCAAAGUUGGAUCAGCCUGUAGUGUGGUUUUCCACUUUAAUUUUGAGUGUGACUCCAAAUCCAGACCUCCAUGGGUUGAUAAAUUUGAUUUCCAUUGAUAAUUUUUGUGUGAUUUUGUUGUCAGCACAUUCAACUAUGUAAAGAAAAAAGUAUUUCAUAAUAAUAUUUCAUUCAUUCAGAUCUAGGAUGUGUUAUUUUAGUGUUCUUUUUAUUUUUUGGAGCAGUGUAUUUUGGGCCAAUCUCAGGCUGGUAAGUAUCUAAAGAAAUGGGCAUUUGGAAAAUUGAAUGUAUUUGAAAGAAAUUAAAAUAAUGCAAAGGUGCUAUCUUUAUAGAGGUCACUGAGUGAUUUCACACCAUUUUGUCUCCAUAUAUCAAAAGCUUUGUCUGCAAGGGAUGGUGGAAAUAGCAUACAAACAAAGGGUGAGUAGGCAAGAAUAUACUAAUAUCUAGGUUCAGCCUUAGGUUAUUCCAUAUCUUGAGAGUUUGUCUGACCAGGUAAUCUUUACUGAAGGUAGCAAAUGGAGCUGGUAGGGGAGAGCAUACGAUAGCUCUUAAAGAUGUGGCCAUACAGGAUUUGGAUUGUAUAAUUGACCCUGGAGUUAAAGUCAAGAGGCUGAAUCCAAAACAUGAAAGUGAGGGAGCCCCAAACCCCCUAGUUCUUUUAGAUUUUGCAGUAUGGCUUUGUGGCUUUUAUUAUUCCAUUUAAACUAUGAGAUCAUUGUGUCCAGCACCUUUAAAGUUUUAGGUACUGCAAUGAGGUAAACACUGGUAUAGACUGUACUUUCACUCUCAAAUGAUCCCUGGAAUGUCACUAGGGUCAGAUUCUUCUGCAUGUGCGUGAUAAGUUGAAUUACUCCUAUUUAACAUGAUCUAUGUAUUCAUCGUCUGGAGCCAAGUAACUACCAGGUGCAUUGAGAACGCUGUCACAGUGUCAAAUUUAUCCAGUAAGUAACUUUAUCCAGUGAGUAUGGAAACUCUCCUUAGAGAGGUUCACCUGCACUGUAAAUUCAUGACUCAGGAGAGCUAUAGCUCAAAACCAGUUGCAAUAAUAGCUUCGUCUGUUGUCCAUCAGUUGAUCAGAUUUGAAAGUAUUUGCAUCAAAUGGCACUGAUCAGAACAAUGUAUUCUGUGAACGAGAAAUAUUAGAAAUUGUCAUUUAUAUUUUAGGUCUUGCUUUAGAUAUUGCUGUUGUUGUAGCAAUAGUUUAUGUACGAGGACAUUUUAUGAGAGCCCUAAUCUCUCAUGAACAGAUGCAAUCACAUAAUAUCUUAGUUAUGGGUGUCUGAGAUUGAGAGCCCUAGCUACUGCACAAGACCAUUCCUCUACAGUAGCAAUUUAGUUUCUAUUUAAUGUUUCCCAGUUUGUAUAUUUAUGACAUACUUUAUUGCAACAUAUUACCGGUAUGCAGCAAAAAUCACACUGAUAAUGUCAUGGAUUGUGUUGAAAAUAUAUGAAGUAGAUAAAGGUGUCCACUCCACCCUCAGAAUCCAGCCUCUGGUAUGACAUACAUUCUCAUAUUCUCAGUAUCUCUUUACCCAAGGUCACCCUAGUAUUACUACCUGCAUUCUUUGAAUUUCAACCUCAACUCCAUGGAACGCAUAAAAUAAUUAAUACAUUUCAUGUACAAACUAAACUUACAAUUCUGUAUCAUAUUUAAUAUAUGUGCAUGGUUCAUGCUGUUUUAAACCGACACCUCUCUUACACUCAAGUGUUUGACUCCUUGUUUUCACUCAUUAGAUUGAACCAGGCUACAAGUUACAUCAAGCCAUGACGUUUGAAUGCGACUCAUUUUUCUCCAAAGCAUUUCCUUAAUAGAUGUUGCUACUUAUGUUUGUUCCCUUAAUUAUGGUGUUGUAUUGUAGUCCACAUAUGCCUUAAUUAUAAAAUUCAGGGGCCAAAUCACCAACUUAUGUUGUAGAGAUGUCUCUCUUUGAAAUACAUUUACAGCCACAUAAAAGUGGAAAUGCUAUGUUAGCUGUUUGAAUUGUAAUCAAAUGAUGAAAUGUUCUCAGAUAAAUGACUAGUUGAGAAUGAAACAGCAUGACAACAUUCUCAUGUCCUCCCAAUCUGUGAAUGGACUGCAAGAUCAGAAGUGUAUCUACAGUAGUCUGUAAAAAUGUUCUCAGCUUUCUAACAAUGCAAGUAAAGCCAUGUCCUAGAUUGGAAAUAAUAAAAUCAUUAAUGUUU